AUGGCUCUGUUGAGGAGUAUGGCAUUCUGGCCUCCACAUUCCUACAGCGAGGCCAACUGGAAGCUUGCUUUGAAGGUUGGCGAGACGAAGACCCUGGGAUUCUCCAGCCCGCUCUGGACCAACACCGAAUUGCUUAACGAAGCAUCGGUUGUGGACACCAUCGAGGAUGCCAAGUAUAAGGAAUUCAACACGGAGCCCUUCAAGCGGAUUCGCAUGUGCGUCGGGAGCCCGGAAUCCAACUGCGUGGAGCACGUCUUCUCCAAAGCGUACGACAGCGCCAGGGCCCUCUUCAGCGCCGGUUACAUUCGAGACGAAAAUGUGGACAAGGAUGGCAUUCUGAGCAGCUUCAGCCCCCCGGAAGACACGUACCAGGCUCGUUGCCCGAUGCAGAGGCCCGGCUUCAACAUUGAGUGCAGAGACGGCAACAAAGCUCGUUGGGGUUUCUGCUUGAACUGCAACAACCAGGGUUGCCAAAACGCCGACACCGACGAUGCGGACGCCGCCAUCGGCAUUGGAAUCGCAGGACAGGCCACGGAUACUGAGCUUGGAGCAGGUUGGACCAGGUUUUUCACUACCACGGACAACAGGUGCGGCAAAGCUGGGAAAACCUUCAAGCCCGUGUGGCUUUGGGUCGACAGCCUCGCCAACUGGAAGCUUGCUUUGAAAGUUGGCGAGACGAAGACGCUAGGAUUCUCCAGCCCACUCUGGACCAACACCGCCUUGCUCAACGAGGCAUCGGCUGUGGAUACCAUUGAGGAUGCCAAGUACAAGGAGUUCAUCACGGAGCCCUUCAAGCGGAUUCGCAUGUGCGUCGGAACCGCAGAGUCCAACUGCGUGGAGCACGUCUUCUCACAAAAGUACGACAGCGCCAAGGCCCUCUUCAGCGCCGGUUACAUUCGAGACGAAAGCGUGGACAAGGAUGGCAUUCUGACCAGCUUCGGCCCUGUCAAAGGCUCGUACCGAGAUUGCCCGAUGCAGAGGCCUGGCUUCAACAUCGAGUGCAAAGACGGCAACAAAGCUCGGUGGGGUUUCUGCGCGAACUGCCCAAGCCAGCAGUGUCAAAACUCCGAUAGCAGCGAUGCGGACGCUGCUAUCGGCAUUGGAAUCGCCGGACAGAAAACGGACACUGAGCUUGGGGCAGGUUGGACCGCGUACUUCGCCCCAGGCGAGGGCAAGUGCAGUGCCACCAGCAAGACCUUCAAGCCCGUGUGGCUUUGGGUCGACAGCCUCGUGAACUGGAAGCUUGCGUUGAAGGUUGGCGAGACGUCGACACUGGGAUUCUCCAGCCCACUCUGGACCAACACCGCCUUGCUCAACGAAGGUUCGCCGGUGGGCGAGAUCAAAGAUGCCAAGUACAGCCAGUUCAACACGGAGCCCUUUAAGCGGAUUCGCAUGUGCGUUGGAAGCCCGGAGUCCAACUGCGUGACCCACGUCUUCUCCCAAAGGUACGAGAGCGCCAAGGCCCUUUUCAGUGCCGGCUACAUUCGAGACGAAAGCGUGGACAAGGAUGGCAUUCUGAGCAACUUCGGUCCCGUCGAGGGCACAUACCGGGAUUGCCCCAUGCAGAGGCCUGGCUUCAACAUCGAGUGCCACCAUGGCAACAAAGCUCGGUGGGGCUUCUGUAAUAACUGCAAAAGCCAGCGUUGCCAGAGCGACGACGACGACGAUGCGGACGCCGCCAUCGGCAUUGGCCUUGCGGGACAGGGAAUGGGCGGCACGGAGCUUGGGGCAGGUUGGACCAAGUACUUCACCUCCACGAGCACCGGCUGCAACGGCGGCGCGACCUCCAAGUCCGUGUGGCUCUGGGUCGACAGUCUCGCAAGUUGA